UGUUCAUCCUCAUCGAACCUCUACACCAGAGAAAAAAAUAAUGUUUACCUUCAGAAAUAUCGCACAUUGUGCCCGCCAGCAGGCUCGCGGUUACGCUACCGCCUCUAAGCCCCAGGCCUCCAAGGCUGGUCGCAAUGCUGCGAUCGGUGGUGGUGCUACUAUCCUUGCUCUUACCGGCUGGUUCGCCAAUGCCGAGGAGAAGGCCAAAGAGGCCAAGGACAAGCUUGUUCCUCCUACCAAGGCCUUGAAGGCUGAUGAGUGGGUUGACCUCAAGUUGGUCGAGAUCACCAAGAUCAACCACAACACCUCGGUCUUCCGCUUCCACCUUCCUGAAGACAACGCUGUCUCUGGUCUUGAGGCCGCUUCCUGCCUUCUCACCAAGUAUAAGGGCCCCAACAUGGAGAAGCCCGUGAUCCGCCCAUACACCCCCGUCUCCGACGAUGAGCAGCGUGGCUACAUCGACCUUUUGAUUAAGAAGUACGAGGGAGGCCCCAUGUCUACCCACAUUCACGACAUGAACGUCGACCAGCGCUUGUCCUUCAAGGGACCCAUCCCCAAGUACAAGUGGGAGGAGAACAAGCACAACCACGUCGCUUUGAUUGCCGGUGGUACCGGUAUCGCCCCUAUGUACCAGCUUUGCCGUGCCAUCUUCAAGAACCCCAACGACAAGACUAAGGUCACCCUCUGCUUCGGUAACAUCGCCGAGGAGGACAUUCUUCUCAAGCGUCAGCUCGAGGACCUCGAGCAGGAGUUCCCUCAGCGUUUCAGGGCUUUCUACGUUUUAGAGAAGGGCCCUGAGGAGUGGAAGGGCGGAAAGGGAUACAUUGGCAAAGAGUUGUUGCAAACUGUCCUUCCCUCUCCCGAGUCUGAAAAGAUCAAGAUCUUCGUCUGUGGUCCUCCGGCUAUGUACAAGGCUAUCUCUGGUACCAAGAAGUCCCCUAAGGACCAGGGUGAGUUGGCCGGUAUCUUGAAGGAGCUCGGCUACACUGAGGACCAGGUGUUCAAGUUCUAAUCUUGCUGACUACAUCCACUCUCUGACU